AUGGGUAUUGCGUGUGUCUUCUAUUUCUAAUUCAAUUUAGUUGACAACAGCCUUAGCGGUAGUGGUUGUAGCAGUAGUAUUAGAGAUUUCUCCUGCUUCAUCAUGUCUACUUUAGGUUUCUCUAUUAUCAUCGUCUACUUAGACAUCAUCGUCAUCUGCUUUAUUGGAGCGUUUUUGUCUGUCACGAACGAAAUUUCUCAGGACUCCUAUCUUUUCUUCAGAGCGUCCUUUAAAGUCAAAGUUAUAAGUCUCUGCUUUGCGGAUAUACUUGUAGUAGUCAUCCAAAGUUUUACGAGAGAGACCAACCAUGGAAGCAGCUACAUCAAGAUUAACUUUUAUGAGACGACCUUGUUCGUUUUAAAAUCCUGUUUCGUAAUAUUUUCUCCAUUCCAUAACGCGAUCGUAAACAUAUCCAAUCUUUCUUUCCUUGACACGCUUUUCACGUGGAAUAGCUUUGGUGCUGAUAUCGAAAUUAUUAUCUUCUUCCUCGCCUCCCAUCAUUGUGUUAGCUUGAUUAGCAGUAGUGUUAUUAAUAUUGCUGACUUAAGUAUUCUAAGAGCUGCUUGGGAGAUAUUACUAGCAGUUAUUUCUCAUGAAAUUUCCUUCAAACAUUGA